AUGGCCAGCCCUGUCAUCAUGGACGGAGCCAUCACGUCCAAGGGCCUCGCGGCAGUGGCCAAGCUAUUUAAUGCAAGCAAGACGGCCAGGCCUCCGCUGCUCAUUGCCACAAACGUGCGGCUACGCAAGUGGCUUGCCUCUGGCUUGGACGGACGACACUUUGGCGUGUGCCUUGAGGGCACGUACGACCGACGCUGCAACCCGAAGGAUCCGUCGACGCGCGUGUCGAUCUUCAUUGUUGGCAAUCUCGGUUGGAAGCACCAAGCGGGCGUUAGCAAGAUGUUGGGACAGCUGUAUCGCCAGCAAACUGCGACCUUGCGAACGUAUAUCGGUUGGGGUCUUUACGCGGGCGGCGGACACGUGCGCCGACCCGAUUUGCUUGUGCUUCGUGAGGAUGGCGCACCGUGCAUGAUUCUAGAGCUGGAUCACAAGCACCGGUCGCUGACGCAGAUGGCCGAGCGUCUGUCGGGCUACCUCGUCGCGUACACUACCAUGCGCAUGACGAUCGGCGUCAAGCUCUUUGGCGCGCAAAGUGGUGAUCCGUUCCGGUUUGCGGCUGUCGCGCUACAGUUUGGUUGCGACGCUGACGGUCACCCGCAGCUCGUGUACGCUGCGAGCAUUGGCUCCGCACCCUUGACGCCCCAAGACGAGGCUGACACCCGCGCUGCGAUCGGUGACGAGGCUUUUGCAGCGAUGGACCAAUUUGAAGACGGCGUCGCGAACGAAGCGGCGCUGCAACACGCGACCUGGAAGUACGCGGCCAUGGAUUGUCCUCAACUCUCGAUCCAGAUGUCGGACGUGGUGACUUCAACCGUCCCUGACCUCGCACCGACCAACGAGCGGCUGGUCAUCGAUCUCUACAAGAGAUGA